GUGGAGAGAAAUGCGAAGGCGAGACUGAAGCACUGAAAACCAUUCUUCGUCUAUUUUGCUGUCCUGUCUUCUUUCCCCUGCUCUCUGCUGCGCACUUCCGCUUCCCUGCACAAAAUGCAGAACGACGAAGGAAGAAUCGUGGAUCUGUACAUCCCGCGCAAGUGCUCUGCGACGGGUCGUCUCAUCCCUGCCAAGGAGCACGGCGCAGUCCAGAUCAACGUCGGCCAGGUUGACGAGCACGGCCGCUACACCGGCGAGUACCACGCAGUGGCUAUCAGCGGUGCAGUGCGUCAGCGAGGCGAGAGCGACGCUUGUCUAAACCGUCUGAUGCACGAGAAAGGACUGCUUUCUUUCGCGAAGUAAAUUGGGGGGAAAGUUGUUUUUGUGACUUCGAACGGGCCGUCACGGCUUCGUUUCGCAUUUCUCCGUCUUUCUGCGGGGCCAAACAUGGAGCGUUGACUCGUCAAGGCAGAACGUGGUUUUGCGUUUUCGUUAGGCAAAACGCUUUCGGACUCUGUGUGAAGAUGCGAGAAGUGCGACACUGUCUUUGUAAACCGUUGCUCUGUUGAACAACACUCAAAAAAUCACUGGUUUCAC